CAAAUAUUGUCAUCCUCACAAAUGGUUAACCUGCUGGGAGCUGCACAGCACUAAUGACUUCACAUUCAUUUAAUCAGCUUGGGCUUCCAGAGCCUCCUCCUCGGGAGCAGGGAAGGCCGUGCACCCAUGCACCCGGGGUACAAAUGCUCCCAAAGCCGCACCUCUGCCUUACCAAUCAUUAAUCAACCCGGGCCAGCAAGGAGCAAGCGGCAAGUAAGCAGGAAAAGGCCAGGUCUCCACAUCCCCCACGGGAGCAGCAGGAAGCAGUGCUGACCGGUUCCCUGUGGUGGCAGCUCACUCUCCGACCACCCUCCCCUGGGAGGCCCCGUGGAGGUGGCCAGUCCUGCACGCACAGUCCUUUCCUUCAGGAAGGUCACUCGGUCCAGGGAGUGGGAGGCUCUGCCUGUUUCUGGGAGCUGCUGAGCUGCACAUGAGGUGGGGGCUCUGAAGAAGAGUUUCUGCCUGGCUGUACCGCAGUCUUCAUCUCUUCACCAUGCAGCACAAGGUGUUUUGGAGUGCCCUGGAGUACACCUGCCGAUUGCUGGGCAUCUCCACUGCAGCAGUGCUGAUCGGUGUGGGCAUAGAAACUCUGCAGCGAGGACAGUUCAAAAGCCUGGCUUUCUAUCUGCUUUUUUCAGGGGUUGCAGUUACUGUCUGUGAAGGCUUCUUCUUUAUCAGUUUGUUCCUGGAGAUGUGUUUCACUCACAAGCCUGAAUCCCUGGCACAGGCCUGCUGGAAGCGAGCUAGACGCCCAGGGAGCUUCCAGAAAUUCCUGGGGUACACGCUGCUCUCAGUGGCUUGCUUCCUGCAUCCCAUCCUCGUCUGGCAUGUCACCAUUCCUGGGUCCAUGCUGGUGGUCACUGCCCUGGCCUACUUCCUGCUGAGCAAGAGGAGGAAGAGCCCAGGACACAAAGAGAUGCAUCCCCAGACGAGCCAGUACGUGGACCCUUCAGCCACCAUGGCAGCCCCAACCAUCGUUGGUGACACUGAGCAGAUCUACACCUUCCACGGGGCCCAGAGGGAGCAGCACCACUCACUCCUGGGCCACAUGAAGAGCAUCCUGAAGGGCAGCAAGGACAGGAGCUCAGCCCCAGUAACUCCUGCCCAACCAGCAGCCAUGUCAGUCCCUCGCAAGCAAGUGCACUUCCAGGAGAAGGUGGUGCAGAUCAUCCCCUCUGUCAGCGAGAGCUUGGAGGAUGUGGAGAGUGAGGCUGAAGAGACCACAUCAGACACAACACCCAUCCUCACGCCACCAGAUGCCCCCAUCAUCGUCGCUCCACUCAGCUCCACAGGGCUCUUUUGAGCCCUCAGCAGGAAUGAGGACAUGACAGACCUGCUACCCCUGGCACUGGCAUUGCUCCCCGAUGCUCCAGUAGCCAAAGGGCCCCAAGAAGUGGCUCUUCUUGCCCUCCCUGCAUCCAGGGUAGCAGCUGUGCCACCCCCCUUUUCAAGGGGCUGCCCACCCUGCAUGGUCCCACAUGUUGUGGCAGGGUCAGGCGGUGGUUCAGCCAGCGUAGUUCCAGGACAGAGAGGUUUCUGCUCCCAUGGCCUCUCACAUGGGUCACCCCUCUGUUACAGCAUUACACAUCACUGCAGCUGCUCCUGCCUAACAUCACAGCCAUGGCAUGUGCCUCCCCUCUGGCAGCAGCAGGCAGGAAAAGCGGAGACUGACAUGCCCCAGAGCAGCCUCUGCUGGGGCAGUUGUCUCCCUUUGGUCCUUUGUGCACAUUGGAGAACUCAGGGCUGGGACACGUUUGACACAGGGCACUGCAGCCUGCAGGUUCCCUCACAGCACCUGCACCAGCUGCAGCAGCCUGGGAUAUCCAAAAUGUCAUUUUGGAGGUGGGCUGAGACCAAGCACACCCCUGGGGCUAGCACCUGCUCAGUACCUCCCCUGAGACACACCCUGAGCCCAGCAGGGAAAUUACCUCUGGCCUUGGGAGCACCUAUGGGGCAGCAGGGAGCACCCUGGGGCUUCCUUGUGUCCCCUGCUUGGACAGACCUCUUGAAUUAGGAGAGCUUUGGGAUAAUAUGGUAGCUCAGGUCCUGAGAUUCAACUCCACGCUGGCAUGGCAGACUGUGUGCCACUCCCAAUGUGUAAUUAUGGCCCCUAGAGGGCAAAGGCAAUAAUAAAAUUACAUCUCUGUCUCACCAGUUCCCUCCAUGCCAGCUCUUCCCUGAACACUUCAUCUCUGGCUUAAUCCUAGCAUAAUUUCUGCCUCUUGAGGACCGUUCCCUUAUAAUCAGGCAUUUCCCUCCAGUUCAAUUUAUGUCUUUCAUUCUAUCCCACCUGAGAACACGUGGGAAAGAACUCAGGUGGCUGGGUUUCCCCUUGAACAUGGGACAUUAAGCCACACUGUCACCCCUGUUGGGAUGAAGAGUUGUAACUGUGCAGAGCCCAGACACACAGCAUUGGGGUAAGACAAUAGUAGAGAGAGAAGUUCCUUGAGACCUGCUAGACUAUUUAUAAGGUAGAAGCCAGUAAAGCUGGCUGUUUUUCUUGAAAAUAGGUUAUUUAUUCUCUUUAAAAUCUCACCUCUCCAAGUGACAAUCAUCAUGCUCAUUCAGGAAAGCGAUGUAGGUCAAAGUGUAAUCAGAAAACACUUGAGAUAAGAAACCAGUGGUACUUUUUAAUACACUCUUUUAAACUGA